CUCCGCGACCACUUCCGGACAGGGCGCAGGCGCUAGCUGUCAUGUUGCGGGCUUUGAACCGCCUGGCCGCGCGGCCCGGGGCCCAGCCCCCAACCCUGCUCCUUCUGCCCGUGCGCGGCCGCAAGUCCCGCCACGAUCCGCCUGCCAAGUCCAAGGUCGGGCGCGUGAAAAUGCCUCCUGCAGUGGACCCUGCGGAAUUGUUCGUGUUGACCGAGCGCUACCGACAGUACCGGGAGACGGUGCGCGCUCUCAGGCGAGAGUUCACAUUGGAGGUGCGAGGGAAAUUGCACGAGGCCCGAGCCGGGGUUCUGGCUGAGCGCAAGGCGCAAGAGGCCAUCAGAGAGCACCAGGAGCUGAUGGCCUGGAACCGGGAGGAGAACCGGAGACUGCAGGAGCUACGGAUAGCUAGGUUGCAGCUCGAAGCACAGGCCCAGGAGCUGCGGCAGGCUGAGGUCCAGGCCCAGAGGGCCCAGGAGGAGCAGGCUUGGGUGCAACUGAAAGAGCAAGAAGUUCUCAAACUGCAGGAGGAGGCCAGAAACUUCAUCACUCGGGAGAACCUGGAGGCACGGAUAGAAGAGGCCUUGGACUCUCCGAAGAGUUAUAACUGGGCGGUCACCAAAGAAGGGCAGGUGGUCAGGAACUGAGAACAGAGGCCUCUCGGGCCCAAAUAAGGACAGUGCUUGCCUAGGGACUGGGUAUUGGGGUAGGAAUUGGUGCAUCCCCGGAGGGUGACACAGCCUUUUCCAGAGCAGCCCCCAUUCAUUCUAGGUUUGGCACCAGAUAUAGUACCCUGUUCUGACACCACAUACAAACUCGGGACAGCAUUAAACUCUGGGAAGUUCCUAUCACACAGAGGAUCAGACUGGACUGUCCCCUGUAGAAGCCAAGAGCUGUCUCCUGAGUUUCUUGGAAUAGUGUGAACCCAAUGUUUCCUGCUUUUAUAAAUAAACUAUUGGAACGCAAA